ACUGAUGCCAUGCUGCUGCUGGUCAAUUUUCCUUUGUUUCAGGCACCAGCAGCAGCAGAAUCCAGAUGGGGAAGGCUGAACAACACCGCAAGGAGCAAGCAAGCAAGGAGCAGGCAAGCACAGGCCGCAGAUAUCAAGGCCCUUGCACACAGGUCCAUCAUCAAAGCGCCCACCGUCUCACACAAGCUCACGUCCUCCUCUCACCCUUCACACACUCAGGCCUCAUCGCGUGUCCCCCCUUUCACUGAAAGCCAGGUCACUUCCAUCGGCAACGCGGCCUACUCACUGCCUUCAUACAACCUUCUGCCCAGCAUUCAAGGAUGUCUCAUGGCAAGCCGGCGCGCAAGGUCAACUUCAACGUCUCUGAUCACUAUGAGAUUAUUGAUGUAAUUGGAGAAGGCGCCUAUGGCGUUGUAUGCUCGGCGCUACACAAGCCGUCGGGGCAAAAGGUAGCCAUCAAGAAGAUCACACCUUUUGAUCACAGCAUGUUUUGUCUACGAACGCUGCGUGAGAUGAAGCUGUUGCGCUACUUCAAUCACGAGAAUAUCAUCUCCAUCCUAGAUGUACAGAAGCCUGCAGACUUUGAAUCCUUCACGGAAGUCUACUUGAUCCAAGAGCUCAUGGAGACGGACAUGCACCGUGUCAUUCGUACACAAGACUUGUCGGAUGACCACUGCCAGUACUUCAUCUACCAAACGCUCCGCGGUCUUAAAGCACUACACUGUGCCAAUGUCCUGCACCGCGACCUGAAACCUUCCAACUUGCUCUUGAAUGCCAACUGCGACCUCAAAGUCUGCGACUUGGGUCUUGCGCGGUCAGCCGCUAGUCAAGAUGAUAAUGCUGGUUUCAUGACGGAGUAUGUCGCCACGCGGUGGUACCGGGCGCCAGAGAUUAUGCUCACGUUCAAAGAGUACACGAAAGCAAUUGAUGUGUGGAGUGUGGGUUGUAUCUUGGCAGAGAUGUUGAGUGGGAAGCCACUCUUCCCGGGAAAGGACUAUCAUCAUCAGCUCACCCUGAUUCUUGAUAUCCUUGGUACGCCUACCAUGGAAGAUUACUAUGGCAUCAAGAGUCGUCGUGCACGAGAGUACAUCCGGGCGCUUCCCUUCAAGAAGAAGAUUCACUUUGCAGCCAUGUUCCCGAAUGCCAAUCCACUCGCUGUGGAUUUGCUUGAGAAGCUACUUGCCUUUAACCCACUCAAGCGGAUUACGUGUGAGGAAGCUCUGUGCCAUCCGUACCUCGAGCCAUACCAUGACUUGGAGGAUGAGCCCGGAGCUCCGGUCAUUCCAGAGUCGUUCUUUGACUUUGACAAGUACAAGGAUCAGAUGUCAAAGGAGCACUUGAAGCAGCUCAUCUUUGAGGAGAUUAAUUAUCACGGCGUGCAGGGACAGCAGCUUCAGCAACAGCAACAACAGCAGCAGGAACAGUAUUUGAUGCAACAGCAGCUCCAUCAACAGCAACAACAGCAGCAGCAUCGUCAGGCUGCUUGAUUCAAGUAACUCAGUUUAUACAAGCGCGUGCAUGGGCAUUUACAGAGAAAA